AUGUGUAAGAUAAUUCCUUGCACCAAAGAAUUAAAGGCCGACGAAGCUGCUAAGUUGUUCUGGGACAACAUAGUUUGUAACUUUGGUCUACCAGCAACCAUAGUAUCAGAUAGGGAUAAGCUAAUCACCUCUGAUUUAUGGAACAACUUGAUGGAAAUUUCCGGAGUAAAACUAAAGAUGACAGCCCCACGUCGACCACAAGCCGAUGGUCAAACCGAAAGGAUGAAUAGAAACAUUGUUAAUCUAUUAUCAAAGAUGACCUCUAACAGAUUAGAUUGGGAUAUAGAGAUUAAAUCAAUCGAAUUCGCAAUCAACAACACCGUCAAUUCAUCGACUGGUCAUACUCCAUUUUCAAUACUACUUGGUUUCCAUCCGAGAACACCAUUGAACAUCAACCCAGAUUACAACCUGCCAUAUCUCGAAGCAGCCGAAUAUUAUAGACAAGCAGCUAGAGACAACAUGUUGGAAGCACAAAUAACAAUGGCGUUACAAUACAACAAGGAUAGAGACGAUUUCAAAUACGAGGUUGGUGAUCUUGUUUUGGUAAAGAGAGAGAAGGUCAACAUCGCGAUGAUAAAUGAUAAGGAUCAAAGUAAAGUCUUACCGAACUAUUGCGGCCCAUUUAAGAUUGUCUCCAAGAAGAGUGAACUCAACUACUCAAUAAGGAUCCAGAACCAUAAGGGUGGUCACAGAACUGUUCAUGUCAGUGAUAUGAAACCGUUCAUAGAAGAUGAUCGUAGAAUAUUCAAGAGUAGUGAUUCAAAUUAUAAACCUUUGGAAGAAGAAAUCGAUAAGAAGUGGAUAAAAGAAAUAGAAUGA